AUGGACCUUCCUACCGGGUUCCCAGAACAGCUCAGGGGCCCCAUGGCCUGGGAUGCAUCUGAUUUUAGCCAGAACCCAGCGGCGUACACUCUGACACUGACUGAAAGUGACCUACUGGCAAUCGAAAAAGCCGUCAACCACUUCAAGGGCCUUGGCCUUCCGCGAGGCUCCGUGGAUCGGUCCAAUUUUCCCCUCCCUGAGGAUCUCACCAUGAAACUCCGGCAGAUCAAUGAUACCCUGAACAAUGGACAGGGCUUUCAAGUCGUGCGCGGGAUCGACCCCACCUCUUACAGUGAGGAAGAACACAUCCUCAUCUUUGCUGGCAUCUGUGCCCAUGUGGCUACCCACCGAAACUGGUUCAUCGGUAUGUUGAUCAAAGACGAUGUGGCUGGCGUCAACUUGCGCCCGCCGGAGUUGCCAGUCUCCAUGAACUUCCACACUGAUGUGGACUCGGGGCCUAUUCUGGCACUUUUUAUGGAGAAGAAGUCCAAAUCUGGUGGCAACCAACACCUCUCGAGUUUCUGGACCAUCUACAAUUCCCUUGCCAGGGAGUCUCCUGAGGUCAUCAGGGAGCUUGCAUCCAGCUGGCACUGGGAAAUGCCAGACAAAGAGAAUCUUGGAGGACCCAACAUCGUCCUGCCAUCUCGGCCAAUCAUUGGUAAAGCGGAUGGAAGAAUGCAGAUCAACUUUGCCAAGGCAUAUGUUGCUGGCGACCCCAAGUACCCUAUGAACAAGGGCUCGCCAUCCUUGUCCCCAUCACAAGAGGCUGCUCUCAAGGUCCUCUCUGACACAGCAAGGAAGCACAGUCUUCAGCUUGAUGCCAAAGCAGGCGAUCUUGUUCUAGUCAACAACCUCUCCAUCAUGCACGCUAGAGACGCUUUUGUUGAUGACGUAGUGUCUGGCGAGGUACGACAUGUGCUCCGGCUCUGGCUUCAAGAUCAGGACAGUUGGCCUGUGGCUUCUUCCCUUGGCUACAUCGAGCCUAAGAAGGCGUGGCAUGUUCCGGAUAAGCAUCAGUCGCUGCGUACACUGUCUGAAUGGGUUCAGCUACCCCGACCCAUCCGUGCGGUUGAUGCAGCUGCAUCGCAAAAGCAUGCCUGA